AGCAGGCUCCUCCAACGCAAAGUAUUCUGGGAACUGUAGGCGACGAAUGACAGUCUCCUCCUAACCAGCAUGGAAGUCCGUGCUGAAAGCGUGGAACAGAAAAGUGGAAAUGCCUCUGACCCAGGGGACGACAGAUGUUCGGAUAACGAUUUUGGACCUUCAAUACUCGGAACGAAAGAGUAUUGGGAAGAGGCAUACCAAAGAGAACUUGAGACAUUCACAGACAUUGGAGAUGUUGGUGAAAUAUGGUUUGGUGAGGAGAGCAUGAGCCGUGUGCUGCGUUGGAUGGACAAAGCUAAGAUUCCAGAAGAUGCUUCCGUUCUUGACAUUGGCACAGGAAAUGGAGCCUUUUUAGUUGAACUGGCCAAACAAGGAUACAGCAAUCUGACCGGUAUAGAUUAUUCUCCAGCGUCUGUAGAAUUGUCCAGAAAUGUUCUGAAGGCAGAGGAUUUGACAGAUGUCCCUGUAAAGGAGAUGGAUUUCUUAAACUGCCAAGGGGAGCUAAAGGGUUUUGAUGUCUGCAUUGACAAAGGAACAUUCGAUGCAAUAAGCUUAAACCCGGACGACUCCACAGACGGCAAAAAACUCUAUGUCCAAACUCUAAAAGAUGCUGUCAAGGACAAAGGAUUCUUCGUUAUCACUUCCUGUAACUGGACCAAGGAGCAGCUGCUAGAGCGAUUUAGUGAAGGAUUUGAGUAUGUACAAGAGUUGCCUACACCUAGUUUUCAAUUUGGAGGAAAGACUGGCAACAGUGUGACAGCACUCAUCUUCAAGAGAGUACAUUGAUUCACAAGUCCCCGGAGGAUAUUUUAUUAUGCCAUCUAUUCUGCAGGUUUUCUGUCAAUCAUAGGAAAUCGUUCUACAUUUUGCAGACUUUUUAUGCCAUACCUCCUUCAUUUUUGAUAAACAAUGUGUUAUGUAGCAGAUGUACAAUGUAACUUAGUGGGACAUUUUUCUUUAAAUAAAUAUUUUUUGUUUUGU